CAGGCCGUGCGCGGUGCCGGGCAGCGGGAGGGCGCGGGGCGGUGGGAGCGGGACGCGCUGAGCCCGCGGCGUGCGCCUCUGUGCCCGCAGGGUAGCAGGCAGUUGCAGGAGAAAUCCCUGAAGAUUUCCUCCACGCUGUAUGUCGGCAACCUGUCCUUCUACACCACCGAGGAGCAGAUCCAGGAGCUCUUCUCCAAGUGCGGAGAUGUCAAGAGGAUUGUCAUGGGUCUGGACAAGAUCAAGAAAACCCCCUGUGGCUUCUGCUUUGUAGAGUACUACACGAGAGCAGACGCCGAGCACGCCAUGCGGUUUAUCAACGGCACGCGGCUGGACGACCGCAUCAUCCGCACGGACUGGGAUGCAGGGUUUAAGGAGGGAAGGCAGUACGGGAGAGGAAAGACUGGAGGACAGGUGCGAGAUGAAUACCGGACAGACUACGAUGUGGGAAGAGGUGGCUUUGGCAAGAUCAUUCAGAUGCAGAAGGCAAAUCAUCAGCCUGCAAUCUAUUAAUUGCCUCGUGAUUCCUAGCUCGUAGAGGGCUCUGUCCUUCCAGAGCUAGCCCUGUUCUCUCAUUUGGGAUCAGGGUAUGGAGUGAGAUCCAAGUUGCAGCAAAAGGUGACUCUCCUUAGACUGUGGAUAUACAUGUGUUCAUUCUCCCUUCUUUCUGAGCUAGAGAGGAUGUUCUGUGCUGAUACAGGGCAACAAGGGGAAAAAAAUGGACAACUCUGUAGGAUUCUGGGCAAGAAGAAAUUCAGCAUGUGGCACACACCUUAUGCUAUGACAUACUCUUCAUGUUGCACUUAAGCAGGUGGCUUCCUCCAAGCUGCAACUGCAGCCGUGGUUGCUUUCAAAUGGAACUUUUUUUUAAAAGCUCACCACCAUUGGAGCCCUCCAGGUGCCUGGGCACCUAAUGAGGAUGCACAAGAGAUCCAGGCUUCUAAUUUACAACUUCACCUGCUUAAUAAAAAGUAUCACUUUGAAUGAGAGAAGUGGACAAGAUCUGAUCAUCCAUUUGGAGGUGCUUGUCUGCACAUCUAGCCCUUGGGUUGGUCAGGGCCUGCAGAGCACUUCUGUUUAUGAUGCCCCCAGUGCUGCCUGGCUUUUCAGAUCCUCACUGUUGGGUGUGAUUUUGUCAAAAGUUUCUGUUAAUUUUUUAAAAUAAACAGUUGUAUUGGGUCUGACUGAGAUGAAGGUAUUUUUACCUCUAGCAGCCCUCCUAGAGCUGUGUUUUGUAUUGUAGCUAGGAAGGUGUUGAUAACACACCACUGUUUUGGCUAUUGUUGAACAAUGUUCCCACAGCAUCAAGGCUGUCUCUAACAUUCCCACCUCACCAGCAGGCUAGGGUGGGGGCAAGAUCAUGGGAUGUUCCAGACCAUAUGGCAUCUGCUCAGCAUAAUAGCUAAGAAAAAGGAGAUGGGGGGCAUUCCUUAUUGAAACAUCUGUCUUCUGGAGUAGCUGCUCUGUGUACUGAAGCUGUGCUUCCCAGGAAGUGGCCAGAUAUCUCCUGCUGGUUGAAAGUAGAGAAUAAAUAUUUAGUUUUCCUUU